ACAGCACUGGGGUGAUAACCUGCAGCCAUGGGGGUUAAAGCAAUGCUCCCCAGCUACGAGCUGGGGUUUUAUGCUCUGGUGGUGACAUGUGCUGUGGUGUACAGUGGCAGUGAGAUCUUUGGAGCAUCCAGAGACAGCAUGAACAGAAAGGCGUUUCGGGAUGGCAUAAAGCCGGGCUGGCACUACUUUGGCAGGAAGAUGGACGUGGCUGACUUUGAGUGGGUGAUGUGGUUCACCUCCUUCAGGAACGUCAUCAUCUUCGCCCUCUCGGGACACGUCCUGUUCGGCAAGAUCUGCUCCAUGACGCUGCCACAGCACCGGGCCGUGGUGUACAUGGUGUACGGGCUCAUGGCUGUGCUGGGCAGCAUGGGGCUCGUCUACCUGAUGAUCAUCCUCUCCCACUGCCUCAUCCUCUACUCUGUGGCACUGGCCAAGCAGAAGUGGCUCUGCUACGUGGCUGGGCUCUGCUGUCUUGCUUCCUUCAAGGUGGAGCCAUUCAGCAUUUGGCAGAGCGGGUUUGUAACGGGAGCUUUUGAUCUUCAAGAUGUCCUGUUCUACGGCGGAAGCAGCUUCACCAUCAUGCGCUGCAUGAGCUUUGCACUCGAGAGCUCGGAGAGGAAAGAGGGCAUCUACUCCAUCUUCGACCUCCUCAAGUACAACUUCUACCUCCCCUUCUUCUUCUUUGGGCCUGUCAUGACUUUUGACCAGUUCCAUGCCCAGGUGAGCACCCGAGAGCUGAGGCGCAAAGACGACGAGAUGAGGGACAUCCGUGCCCGUGCCCUUCUCCACGUGGGAGCCAUCCUUGCUGUGGACAUCUUCUUCCACUUCUUCUACAUCCUCACCCUCCCUUCUGACCUGAAGUUUAUGAGCCGCCUCUCGGACUGGUCCUUGGCUGGCCUGGCCUACUCCAAUUUGGUGUAUGACUGGGUGAAAGCUGCUGUCAUGUUUGGGGUGAUCAACACCAUGGCCAGACUGGACCACUUGGACCCACCCCAGCCCCCCAAAUGCAUCACCAUGCUCUACGUCUUCGCAGAAACGCAUUUUGACAGAGGGAUUAAUGACUGGCUGUGCAAGUACGUGUAUGAUCACCUUGGAGAGAACCACGACAACAUCAUGAAGGAGCUCGUGGCCUCCGUCGCCACCUUUGCUGUCACCACGUUGUGGCUGGGGCCCUGUGAGAUCGUUUACAUCUGGUCUGUCUUCAACUGCUUUGGCCUCAACUUUGAGCUCUGGGUGCAGAAAUUCUUCCAGCUGGAGCCCUUUGCCAAACUGGAGGCCAAACUGCCAGCGGCCAUGUCUCGGCGGAUCAGGGCAGCUUUUGGGGCCAUGAACUUCUGGGCCAUCGUCCUUUACAACAUCCUGGCCCUCAACAGCCUGGAGUUUGCACUGCUGGUGACCAAGAGGCUCCUCCUGACGGGUUUCCCUGUCAGCACUUUGUCCAUCUGGUUCAUCACCUACUGCGGAGUGCAGCUCAUCAAAGAGCGGGAGCGCCUCGUGGCCAUCGAGGAGGAGAAGAGUGACAAAGCAAAGGUGGAGUAG